AUGUCGGAAUCAUUCUACACCUCUUCCCUCCCUGCUGGCGGAAGCUCCCAACCAUCGCCGCACCCACCACUCUCGCCCACCACUGGCAAUGCACCACCUCCCCCUCCGAAACCCCUCUCCCACCUCUCGCAAUCCGCCAACCCAUCUCGCUCCGGCACGCCCACUCUCUCAUCCACACCGACAAACACUUCUGCGCCAGCAUUCCCGCUUAAGACGGACUCUCCGCGCCCACAGCCGCCGUUACCAACCCAACGUACAUCCACUCCACUUGCCGCUUCCCACCCACAGCAGCAAGAACAAUACCAACCCAUUCCCCCCCCCGCACUCACGGACCGCUGGCUCCCAGCGAAUGUGCAACCAAAGCCCCUGACCGAGCUUCACUCCCUGCUGAACAGCCCUGCCCUCACGGCCUCAUUGGCAAGCCAGCAUCCCAGCUAUGCGUCCUCGCUGCAACCUCUGCACGCUGCGAUCGAAGCAAACAUUGCGCUGGCCCAACAAGUCUCGCAUCUGGAGGGCCAACUGCGCCAACUGCGCGAUGAAACGGCUCAGCUGCUUUUGAACCACGCGAGCUUGCAGACGCAGUGGAGGAGAAAACAGAGUGAAAUGGAUGACGCUGUGGCACCUUGGGGCCCGAGGCAGAUGUACCAGAGGCUGGUGUCGAGUAUCCAUGAGCAAGAGGCGCUGUUAAAGGCUAUGCAGGAGAGCUUUCUCGAAGGCGGGAAUGACGAAGAUGCAUACUAUGGUGCCGCUGGCGGAGUGAAAGCCAGCGAGAAAGAGGUCACUGAGUGGGUGAGGAGGAUUCGAGAGGGUACGACGACGUUGGAAAAGAGGCGAGAAAUGCGAGCACGGUGGGAUGAAGGCAGAGUCGGUGGCUGGAGGUGA